AUGGAUUUAAAUGGCGAUGGUGUAGUUGGUUCAGGUUACGGUCGUCAAGGAUAUGGUGGUGGCUAUGGACAAGGUCACGGUGCUGGAGGAGGUUUGAUUAAUCAAUUAGAAAAAGCUACACAUAUGGAUCUCAAUGGUGAUGGACGUGUUGGUGGUGGUUAUGGUCAUGCCCCGCCUCACAACCAAUAUGGAGCCCCUGGUUAUCCUCCACAAUAUAAUCAAUAUGGCGGUGCACCCUGUCCACCAAAUUAUGGUGCAUAUGGUGGCCCUGGUUACCCUCCAAACUAUAACCAAUACGGUGCUGCUCCUUAUCCUCCACAAUUUAAUCAAUAUGGUGCACCUGGAUACGGAGCUGCUCCACCUCACGGUGGUGGCGGUGGUGGUUUGAUGAACCAAUUGGAAAAAGUUACAGGUAUGGAUCUUAACGGUGAUGGUCGUAUCGGUGGUUCUGGCUAUCGUCCACCUCAAAAUCCGUAUGGUCAUUAUUAA